AUGGCCAGGUGUCAACCGCAGCCCCAGCUUGAGGACAGGAGCCCCCGGCUUAGCACCUCGGGGCACUCCCUCCUGGAGGGGAUAGAUGAUGAAGUGCCAGGACCAUCAGUCCCUUGGGUAGAUCCCGGCACACCGAGUAAGUUCCUUUGCUGGAACUGGAAGAGGGAGUGGUUGGGCCAAUCUGAGGAGGAGCCUGAGGAGGAGACAGAGAAGGAGCGCGCCCCUGAGCCUGAGGAGACCUGGGUGCUGGACACCCUGUGUGGGCUCAAGAUGAAGCUAAAGCGACAGCGAGUGUCACCCGUGCUCCCUGAGCACCCCAAGGCCUUCAACAGUUACUUGUCUCCUUGGGUAGAUCCUGGUACGCCUAAUAUCCUUUGCUGUAAAAGGAAGAGGGAGUGGUCGGACGAAUCUGAGGAGGAGCCCGAGGAGGAGACAGAGAAGGAGUGCACCCCUGAGACUGAGGAGACCUGGGUGCUGGACGCCCUGUGUGGGCUCAAGAUGAAGCUAAAGCGACAGCGAGUGUCACCCGUGCUCCCUGAGCAUUACGAGGCCUUCAACACGCUGCUUGAGGAUCCUGUCGUGAAAAGAUUCCUGGCCUGGGACAAAGAUCUGAGGGCAUCCGACAAGUAUCUCCUAGCGAUGGUCAUAGCGUAUUUUAGCCGCGCCGGCCUCUUCUCCAGGCCACAGUUCAACCCCCUCGCUUCACUCCAAGCCGCUGCCAAAUGCUCCCUACUGGGGCCUCUGGAGCCCCUCCCCAAGCCAGGGGGCUUCCCAGUGCAGCCUGAACAUCUCUCCAAAGCACAGCCAAACCGGCUCGCCAUCCUGGUGUUUCCUGGCUUGGUUUCACCUCUCCUUCCAAAUGCCCGCCGCUCCACUUUGCAUCUGUAUUUUCUGUCUGGGGUCCUGCACGCGUGUGGUUCUGAAGGGAAUCACCGAUUCCUUGACGGCCCUCCUGAGGAAGGCAUGGCUCUCUGCAGGGUGGGUGCCAGUCCUGACCUGAGGCCGGUCUCCCACCCUCCUCUUUGGGAAGCUGACCUAAGCCAGAGGUCUCUCCUGGUGGUGCCCCUGAGCAGCAGCCUGAUUUCUGCCCCCAGCUACCUGGCCAAUGACAUGGAGGAGGACGACGAGGGCCCCAAACAAGCCAUCUUCUACUUCCUGUAUGGGAAGAACUGCUCCCAGCGACCCUUGUUCCAGAAGCUUCGCUUCCAGUUCUUCUGUUCGAUGCACUGCAGGGCUUGGGUUUCCCCGGAGGAGCUGGAGGAGAUCCAGGCUUAUGACCCAGAGCACUGGGUGUGGGCACGAAAUCGUGCCCUCCUUUCCUAGAGCUCCAGGACCAUGGAUGCCUG